UUUUUCUCAUUUUCCAUUGUUCCCUUCAACGAAGAAUAAUUGUUCCCUUCAAUUAAUUCACAAAGAAGGUAUAAAGGAAUAAAGAAGAAAGAGAUCUACCGGGCAUUUAUAGCAUGAUAUUGGUGACGGAUUUAUAUCCAGGACAAUUAACCCAAAGUUAUUGGAUUUGAGAAGAUUCUUAUUUGUGGAGUCCAGGGGAUUGCGAAGUUGAUAUUUAAAGACGACAAUGGAUCAAUUGAAAGCCAAAGCUAAUUAUUUCAGGGUAUGUCAUUUGUUGGUAGAUAAAGCAACAAAUGCUUUGAGAAAUGCUUUGCAUGCCAUGCAUCCACCUUCCACCUUAGCUUCUGUACUGAAUGCCAACAGAGCGACCUUGCAGAGAAUCCGAUACAGUGUAAUUAAAGCCUCGCAAUGGGAUCUACUCUUCCCAAGAUCUGGUACACCAGAUUCAAACAACUUUGAUAUUAGCCUAUUGACUGUCCUGCUCCGAAAUAUUUGUGGAUUGUCUGCACCAGCCACCGGAUGGAAUGUGAUGCCUCCAGUCAGCGAUACGUCUAUAUCUGCAAAUAUUUUAAGAGUCAAAAUGUUUAGAAAUGAAGUCUAUGGUCAUAAUCCGACUGCUGUUUUGGACGACGUAACAUUUGAAACAUUGUGGCAAGAAAUUUCUGUUCCGUUAGUCAACUUGGGAAUUCUCCAAAAUGAUAUUGAUGAAUUAAAGGUGGCUCCUCUUAGCCCUGAAGAAGAAAGUUAUAUUGAAAGAUUGAAAGAGUGGAAACAACAAGAGGAUGAUUUUAUGUCAAAAUUAAGUGAUGUUGAAAGUAAAGUAGUCAAAUUAACUAAGAAAGUUGAAAAUGUUCAUCCCUCGCAUGUCGAGCAACUGGCUAAAUUUAACUUUGCUGGAAAGAUUCGUGACCUUUCUAGAAAAUUUCAAGAUGGCACUAGAAAGUGGUGGUUUGAUAAACUUUUACCUUGGUUUUGGAGUGAAGAAUCGAGGGUCUUGAUCCUAACUGCAGGUCCAGGUGUUGGAAAAAGUGUUUUGUCUGCAAAGCUUAGCGCGGUUUUCCGAGAACGUGGUCAACUCGCAGCUCACCAUUUCUGUGACUUUCGAAAUUCUGAUUUCAACAAUCCUCAGAGAAUCCUUCAGUCCCUUGCCAGUCAAAUGUGUGAUAAUGUUGAAGGAUUUCGUGAUAAACUAACUGAAAUUCUACGUCGUGAUCAUUCUCGUGACUCGCUGUCAGGCGCAUUUCGUGUUCUUUUGUGCGACCCACUCCAUGCCCUUGACAGACACGAUCCAAUGUUGAUCAUCGUUGAUGCUUUGGACGAGAGCAAAACUGAAGAGAAAAGCGAAUUUUUUGAGUUGAUAUCUGAGAAAUUUUGUGAACUGCCAGAUUGGAUUAAGAUAUUCAUUUCAAGUCGACCAGAGCUAGCAGUACGAAAGAUUCUUGAGCAUCUUCACCCGUCGGAAAUCCGUCCUGAUGAAAAAGAUCACAACCACGACAUAGAGCUUUUCGUUCGUCAUAGUUUACCUAAUUUUGAUGAUAAUAGUAUAAGGUCAGUUAUUUCAAAGUGUGAGGGAUCGUUUUUGUACGCUUAUUACUUAGUCAGUGAAUUGAAAGAAAGGGGCGUGGGAAUUGAACCCGACCUAAGUGAUUACAUCUCCAACGGUAUUUCCUGAUAUUACGAAAAACAGUUCAAACGUUUAGACAUAGGCCUCAAACGUUUCAAGCAAGAUACUUCAUGUCUCUUAAACAGUUUUAUUAAUGUCGUUGCCGUUUCUAAGGAACCUCUGCCAAUAAAAGUUCUUUUCACAUGCAUGGGUCUCUCUAGAGAAGAAUUUAAAGUACGUAAAGCGGUUCUUGACUUAUUGUCAGAGAUUCUUCCAGUUUAUGAUCAAUGUCUGACUGUUUAUCAUAAGUCAUUAUGGGAUUGGCUGACAUUGAACGGUUUCGAAGAACAUGCAUUCGUUGCAGAUGUUGAUGACGGCAAUAGACGUCUCUGGCGUGCUUGUAAGAAACAAUUCUGCGAGAUAGAUGCUUUGAAGUCUGUUUUAGAAUUCCAAAUUUCACCCGAGAAUAGGUACGCUUUAGAAAAUGGUUGGAAAUAUUUGGUCGAUACAGGCGAGGUAGAGGAGUUUCAUUGGUUGGUGCAUGUUGGUAUAAACUUCUUGAAACUAAAAUUUUGUCCCUGCCGGAUUGUCUAUUUCGAUUUCAGUGGAAUUCUUGGCACGUAUUGUUCUAAACUUUCCAAAGAUAUUUAUUUGGGCAUCAUUCAACUUCAUUGUUUCUUCAAAAUUUUACGAAUUCGUAAAUUGUUUGGAUCUGCUGUUAAGACCGAUAGUAAAGAUCAUUGUUACGUCUACUUGCAAGCACUUGCUAAUGGGCACUUUGAUUUUUUACAAAGUGGCGCCAAUUCCAAAAGUGGAGCUAGGGAUAUCUUGGGUGCGACAAAUGAGAUUUGGAUAGAAUAUGUGACAACUGAAAGCAAUUCUAAUUUAAGCAUUGUCCCCGAAGCCGUGUUUACAGAAAGUUUACGUUUUACAUCUGUGUCACCGGACAAUACGAUACUUGCUUGCGUAUAUUUGCGAGACCAGAAAGUUCAAAUGCUUAAAAUACCAGAACUUACAACUAUCUUUGAAGCACAACUUACUAAGAUAAGCCCUUAUUUCCAAUUAUCUGCCUUUUCUCCAGAUUCUUCGUAUUUUCUAUGCACUUCAAUCCGGUUUUGCAUCAAUAUUAAAGAAAAGAAAGAGGUUCCCUUCAUUACGCACGGCCCCGAUCACAUCAUUUACUGUUCAUUUUCUUCAUGUGGAAUGAAACUUGUCACAUUAGAGAAAACGUCAAUCAAAGUGUGGGAUGUAAAAAACAAGAAUAUAUUGGUUGAAGUUGAGAAUGUGUAUGGUGCGCGAUCUUAUUGUUUGUUUAGUAAUUGUAACUCGUACAUUCUUCUUUGGCCAAUGGGUCAGGAAAGAUCUGGUUCCUCAGUCUUAGAUUACACGAAUGUCUUGAAUUCUGAAACUUUGAAAAAGAUUAAUAACAAGAAUAUUCGUGUUGACCAGAAUUUGUCUAGUAGUGAUUCCUUUCAAAUUUUUCCGCCGCCUUAUUCGGGGUUAGACUUGAAUGUUAGAAUGAAAAUGAAUUAUAUCCGUUUGCCAUGUGAUCAGACAGUUCUUAUUUCCAAUAAAUAUUGCUCAAAAGUCUUUUUGUGGAAAAACAGAAAAUGUGUAGCGUUUACAAAUGAUUUCAAAAAUUCUUUAGCUUUGGCAGUGUACGAUUUUAUAAACCAAAAGAUCGUUGACGUCUUUGAGAUUGGCUGUUUGCCUUGUGAUACUUCUGUUAAGAGCAUUUUGAAAUUAGAUGGGACGAGUUUUCUUUUAUCCUUAGGUUGUGACCUAGUACUUGUUUCAUCCCUCGAUUGGCCUGAUGCUACUUUUGUUGACAAUGCCGAAAUAGAUUGUCGUGCACUCUCUCCAGACACUUUGUAUGUCGCGUGCUGUUUUGAAAAUUGCCUUCUUUCAAUAAGAAGUGUCGAUAGUGGAGAAACAUUGCAAACUGUUGCACUGGAACGACGAGCGUUAACAUGUUGGUGGUCAGAGUCGUAUCUUUGGUUGGUCUGUGGAAGUCUGGUUGUUAAAUAUCGUUAUGAACCUACGAGUGAAAAUAUCUUUGGAAGUCAACAUGCAGAAUUUAUUGGAAAUUUAUGAACGUGUCCUUGCAUUUAAAAAUGGAGUUCUUGUGAUUUACGGCGAUCGGAAACUUUCUAUUUUAAGAAUUUGUAACGAAAAACUGUGUUAUCAAGAAACGCCGUCAUGUAGUUUUACUGACCCUUCUGUCGCAAUAAGUUCUGAUGGGUGUGCUGUUAUGUUAUUGUCUGAUUUGGUUUCAGUUUAUGAAUUGUGGGAAAUGAAAUGUGGCAACACGUGGAUAGUACGUUCAAUCGGAGAGUUGGAUCUACCGGAUAUUCGUUGGUGGUCUUUAUCUGGUACAAAAAGGAGUCGCAGUGUAGUAUUCUUGUCACCUGAAAGCUUUGUCGAUUCUCCAUUGUCUAAAAUUCGUUUACUUUCUAUUACUUUCCCAAAUGGUGUGAAAAGCUUGCAUGAACUUCCUAUUUUAGACUUUGACGGGGCUGUUUAUAUUGAUUCCGAUUUGAUCGCUAUUUUCCGCCGUAAAUGGAUACAUUUUGUUAAGGUGUCGGAAGGCAGAAUCAUAGCUUCCAGAUUCAUUGGUAAUCUUUCUUUUUUUAGGAAUGUAUUUCCUCUUUUCUUUCUUCCAUCGACGCGUUCCCUUCUGUUCGUUGAAAGCAAUGGCAACAAAUAUUUCAAAAUUCAUAAUAUUGAAAAGUAUUUAUAAUAUUUACUUGUAAUGGAUGUAAGUAGUUGAGAAUGCAAUUUCUUGUUUAAAUGCGAAAAACACGCAUAAAUCAAAACCUCCAGCUUUGCAUGGAACCUACUGAAAUAGAAAAACCACGGAAAUCGUGCGAUAUUUUUAAAAGAAUAUUUUAACUUAUUUUAGCACGAAAGGC